CGGUGGCAUAAGAGUGGCUCCCAGCCCAGAGUCAUAGUAAGAGCCGGCCACUUCACAGGAGAAAGGAUCUAGAAAGAGGGAAAGCUAUCUGGCCUUCUGCCACCAGCAUCAACAAUAGAGCAGAGAUACUAUUGAUGCUAACACUUUUAUAGGCACACAAACGCACACACGCACACACACACGCACACACACACACACACACACACACACACACACACACACACACACACACACACACACCUAGGGCUAGAGUGCAUGCCCCAUGCCGUGGUGAAAGGACCACAGUUGAGAGGGAUGUGUUAGUAAGUAUCUGCAGCCUUCUCUGCCUGUGGCAGCUGCCAUCUUGUCUGUGAUGAUGAGGAUGAGGAUGAUGAUGAAGAUGUAUUUGUUGUCUAGGUGGAGCUGCUCAUUGACAAUGAGGCAGAAAAGGAUUACCUGUACGAUGUCCUGCGGAUGUACCACAAGUGAGUACCACCAUCUCUGUCUGACUUUCACAUUAGUUUAGUGCUAAAUUAUUGACUUGUUUGUAAUUUUCAGGACAACCUAUUUUCACCACAGUUGUUACAUUUUCUUCCCUUAACUGAUUUCAGUUUGCUGAUCCUUUAUUUGGGUAUUAUUAGUAGUGUACUCUGCCAGUACUAGAUAAAUCAAUUGUUAGUAGUUAGUAGUAUUUGUUAGUAGUGUACUCUGCCAGUACUAGAUUAAUCAAUUGUUAGUAGUUAGUAGUAGUAGUUGUUAGUAGUGUACUACUAUACUUUUUUCUGUCACUUCUAUUUCAACCAAGAUGGAAAUGGUCAAAGCAAAUGUCUUGAUUUCUCUCAAAUUACACAUUUAUGUAUAAUAGGAGGGUUAAGUCUCCUGUGUGUGUGUGUGUGUGUGUGUGUGUGUGUGUGUGUGUGUGUGUGUGUAUGUGUGUGUGCAUGCUUGUGUGCGUGCUUGUGUGUGUAUACAGGUAUUUUAUGUUGGAAGAUAAGGUUUCAUUCAGGACUGUGAUGUUAAUGUGGACUGAAUGGGAAGUUAGAGGUGCUGGUUUCCAUGUGCUCUUGUGGAGCCAGAGCCCUAAGACCCCAUUGGUUAGACCUAUGUUCAGUUUUCCAUUGUGCUCCGCCAAGCCUGGCCAGCUAUUCACAAAAGCCAUUUCCACUUUCAUACACGAGUCAGGAGUGAAAUGGUGAACGUUAAUAAUUAAUAGUCAUAGGUCAUAGGCCUAUUUGUUCCCAUUGAUAGGUUGAUUGCACAUUCUUGGAAUCCUUGAUGACCCAUAAGGGUGUGGUGUUUAUCAUACUGUUCUGUCCUAGUUGUUCUGUACGCUGCUUUGAGUCACUUUGUCCUCAAAGUCAUGUAAAAAAAAAAAAAUGAUAAAGAAAGGCGUUCAAAACGUCUCCCUCUCUCUAAGAUUAUUGUGCAGUGACACAGUGUGUGUGUGUGUGCUUCCGUCAAGCAUGUGUGUGUGUGUGUGUUGAGCUGUCCUCUGACCCUCUGCUCUCUCCAUCAGGUCCAUGGAGCUGUCAGUGUUGGUGGGGGACCUGAAACUGGUCAUCAACGAGCCCAGCCGCCUGCCGCUGUUUGAUGCCAUCCGGCCCCUCAUUCCCCUCAAACACCAGGUGGAGUACGACCUGCUCACCCCCAAGAGGUCACGGUGAGUGGAGGGGUCGCUGCCAUCCACCAGGCUGGAGCUUUAACAGUCCAUAGACUUUCAAUAAGAUGCCCUUGUCUUAUACGUUCUAGUCACUAUUCCAAGGUAAUGAGAAUGUACACUACAUUGAUACACAUAACUGAUAUGUCAUCCUCCAUCUAUCCCCUUCUCCUUCUCCCCUCCUGUCUUUCUCCUCCUCCCCCUCUCCAUCCUGUUGGCGCAGUAAGCUAAAGGAGGUGCGUCUGGAUCGUACUCAUCCUGAGGGGCUGGGGCUGAGUGUAAGAGGGGGCCUGGAGUUCGGCUGUGGACUCUUCAUCUCACAGAUCGUCAAGGAUGGACAGGCUGGAAACAGUGGCCUGCAGGUGUGUGUGUGUGUGUGUGUGUAUUUUCAUGAGGUCAUGAAAGGGACAGUCUUUCAUAUGAUAUGGUCAGUAUUUCCACUAGGUGGAGUAAAGAAACAUUGAUUGGAUAACCCUUGAGAAGCAGAUUCAUAGACAGCACCACUUGACUCCGUUGAGAAAUGGGAAACGUCAUGACGUCAAACGUCUUUGUAUUAGUCAUUAUGCAGUUCAUAUGAGUAUCUCCCCUUGCUGUUUUACAUAUAGUAAUCAGGGUUGGGGUCAAUUCCUUUUAAAUACAGUCAAUUCAGAAAGUAAACCAAAUUCCAAUUCCACAUUUUCCUCAUUGAAAAGCAUUGAAGAAAAUUGGAAUUGGAAUUAGAGUUUCAGUGUUAUUUCUGAAUUGUAUGGAAUUGAAAUUGAAUUGACCUCAAUCCUGCUGGUAAUCGAAUGCAUCACCUAUGCAUGCCUCAAAUAAAAUCAAUCAGAGGAACCAACCUCUUUGAUAAAAACCUUUUAAGUACCUUCCUGUCCUUCAUGAAGUAAUUUGCUCCUGAGUCAAGACUGAUUGGACCUGCUGUCCUGUCUGUCUGUAUACUGUAGUUAUUCCCCUCAGCCAGCGCGACAGAUGUCCCACACUUCCAUUAGCUCAAUAACCGGUGACACAAAUUGACACACCGCUACAGCUGAGGUGUCACAGCCAUCCUGUCUGGCAUCUGGAGAUAAAAAUUAUUCUGAGACACAUCCUUACCCAGUGAGCACAAGACAUUGAAAAUAUGUAUUUUCAACGUCUUUUGCUCAUCGAGUACCCAGUAUGGAGGGCGGAGGGGUUGUUGUCAGACAUCUGAAGAGAAGCAAACACAUAAUGCGAAACAUAACACUCAGAGAAAUGUAGUCACACUUUGUCACAACCCAUAAAAAGUGAUGGUCGUCGUAACGUCUGACCCCUGUGUGACCUCCAGAUGGGAGAUGAGAUUGUACGCAUAAAUGGAUACUCCAUUUCUUCCUGUAUCCACGAGGAAGUCAUCAACCUCAUCAAGACCAAGAAGACCGUGUCGCUCAAAGUCAGGCGUAAGUCCACCCAACCCAUUAAUGGCAUAUCCUAAUAAUAUACCUAUCUUUAUGCCAUCUAAGUAAUAAGACUUAAUUUCAAUUUCUGUCUCUUUCCUUCUUUUCUCUGUGCAGAGUUUGGGAUGAUACCAGUGAAGAGGUAGGGCUGUUUCUCUCUUGGUUGGUAUUGUAUUUGACAACUUUCUGUUUUAGCAAAGACUGAGAUGAAUAAAACAACUAACUAUAUAUUCUGGAUAAGAGGCAUCCGGGGAGCACUGAGAUGUUAACUAGAUUCAUGUUUUAUGUAUUUCCUGUGCCAGGUGUCCCUCACAAAAUAGGUUUUCAACUGUCCUCAAGGUAUCAUCCUGGUUAAAUAAAGGUUAAAUAAAUACAUAAAUGAAUAUAGAAUUAGAUUUCUGUUCUUCUCCAGUUCCACAGAGGAGCCUCUGAAGUGGCAGUUCGUGGACCAGUUUGUGUCUGAGUCUGGGGUGAGAAUGAGAUUCAUAUUCUUUUAUAUUCAAUAUUCUCUCAUAUUCUUUAUUCUUUUGGCCCUUCUUCAUUCCCAUUGUUGUAAUUGAAUAAACACUCUUAUCCAGAACGACCUAAAUAGAGGGGCAGAAAAUAACAUACUGUAAUGCAACCAACCACAUCAUUUUCUAUCUCUGUUUUGUCUGUCUGUCUGUCUGUCUGUCUGUCUGUCUGUCUGUCUGUCUGUCUGUCUGUCUGUCUCUGUCUCUGUCUCUGUCUCUGUCUCUCUCUCUCUCUCAGGAGAAGACGAGAAGUGUGGCAGGCCUGGUGUCCAUGGGAAGCAAGGAGAUGAAGGAGAAGAAAGUGUUCCUGAGCCUGGUGGGCACCAAGGGCAUGGGCGUCAGCAUCUCCAGUGGCCCCACACAGCAGCCUGGUAUCUACGUCAGUAACGUCAAACCUGGCUCUCUCGCUGCUGAAGUAGGACUACAGGUAAGAGUUUGGCCCUGUUCAGCGUACUGUAAACCACUUUGAAAUGAACAUCUAGAAAUGUAUCAUGAUGAUCACCUGUGCAUAAUAAACUCAUAGUGUUUUGUCAAGUUCAAUGAGAAAUCUUCACUGGCUAGGAAUUGUUUCUGAACCAUGUCUCAAUAUUGUGUGAGUGUUUAUGUGAGAAUAUUCCAUCUAGCUGGGUCCUAGUAUGCCACAAUGUCCCAAUAUGGAUUCCAAUAAAGUACUGAAAUGUGUGUGUGUUGUUGCAUGGUUGGUAUUGCGGGUUGUAUUGUGUUUUGUGUUGGUAGAUUGGUGACCAGAUCGUGGAGGUGAAUGGGGUGGAAUUCACCAAUCUGGACCACAAAGAGGUAGGACACACGAAAUGCAAACAAAGGUUUGAUACCUCCAGAAAACCGUUUUGCUUGGUAAAUAAUACAUUUGUAAUAUUGUAAUCUUUUGUGUUUAUUGCUUAGUAAAGUUGUAUCUGUAUUGUGUCUGCAGGCUGUCAGAGUUCUGAAGAGCAGCAGGAGUCUAACCAUCACUGUUCUUUCUGGUGCUGUAAGUACACCAUCAACUGUUACGAAUAGUGCUUCCUUAAAGGAAUAGUCCACUCAAAAACACUGUACCCCUAAUGAUUUACGAUACCCCUAAUGAUAUACUAUACCCCUAAUUAUUUACUAUACCCCUAAUGAUAUACUAUACCCCUAAUGACUUACUAUACCCCUAAUGAUAUACUAUACCCCUAAUUAUUUACUAUACCCCUAAUGAUUUACUAUACCCCUAAUGUCUUACUAUACCCCUAAUGAUAUACUAUACCCCUAAUGACUUACUAUACCCCUAAUGAUUUACUAUACCCCUAAUGACUUACUAUACACCUAAUGAUUUACUACACCCCUAAUGACUUACUAUACCCCUAAUGACUUACUAUACCCCUAAUGAUUUACUAUACCCCUAAGGAUUUACUCUACCCCUAAUUCCUUGUGGGUAAUUGUUAUUUGUGAGUUGAGUGUAGCUCGGUUGAGCUAUCCGUCACUUGUAUUUCCGGGGCUAUUGUUCCCCGUGUGCCUGUAUUUUGUUGACGCUAUCCAGCGUAACUGUGUCCUACGGAAUAAACUCUGUAUUCAGUGAUUUACCUUUCAGCGCCUGACUCCUUCAAAUCACACUCUCACAGAAUCACCCACCCUUCAAAAUGGAAUGAUGAGAUAUGGAGCGGCAGUGGCUAGUAGGCCGUUGACGACGAACGCCGAAGCCUGCCCGAACAAGGAGGGGAGGCAGCUUCGGAGGAAGUUGUGACAGUACUAUUUUCUACAUUGUAGAUGUCACGAGUGUCAGUGUAAUGCGGUGGAUCGAAGUCAGGUGCAGGACACAGAACUCUUAAGAAACGUACUUUACUGAAUAAGUAAAGAACCAAUACAGUAAUACCUCUUUUUACUGAAGGCGAGAGCCAAAUCGGCAUACUCGGAAGGAAUGUGCAUUGUGGAGACCUGGUUUGGACUCUCCACCGUAGUAGCCCCUAAGGAAACCCCUACACACCUCCCUGAGCACUGACUGGACCAUCCCUUGAGAGCCCUCUGUUGCCAAGAAAUAGUGGGGUCAUGAGUGGUUAACCAGGGAAGUCCCAACACCACAGGAUACGCAGGAGAAUCAAUCAGAUAGAGACUAAUCCUCUCCUCAUGACCCCCCUGCGUCCUCAUUAAGAGUGGUGUGGUAACCUCCCUGAUUAGGCCUGACCCUAACGGGCGACUAUCUAAUGCAUGUACAGGGAAGGGCACAUCAACACGAACAGUGGGAAUCCCUAAACUAAGUGAAUACUGAUGAUCAAUAAAAUUCCCAGCCAUGCCUGAAUCUACUAGCGCCUUAUGCUGGGAAUGAGGAGAAAACUCUGGGAAAACAACCUCUAUACACAGUUGACCAACAGGGAGCUCUGGGUGAGUCGGGUGCUUACUCACCUGAGAUGGUCGACCAGUGCUCUACCUACUGCCUCGACUCCCUGGGGACCCUCCCCAGCACCGACCCGCAGUGUGUCCUCUGCGGCCACAGUUGGUGCAGGGGACGGCCCCUCUCCUGGUCUCCCUAAGCGCAGCACCUCCGAGCUCCAUGGGGGUAGGGUCGGAGGUGCUGGGAGAUGGAAUGAACGGGCCCUGAUCAGAACGUCCGCAGGUCUCCAACAGGUUAUCCAGCCUGAUGGACAUCUCCACCAGUUGGUCCAGGUUGAGGUUGGUAUCCCUGCGGGCCAGUUCCCACCGAACGUCCUCCCUUAGGCUGCAACGAUAGUGGUCGAUCAGGGCCCUCUCAUUCCAUCCUGCGCUGGCUGCCAAAGUCCUGAACUUCAGCACAAAAUCCUGGGCGCUCCUCCUCUCCUGUCUUAGGUAGAACAAACGCUCGCCCGCCGCUUCCGGGCGGUAUUCGAUCAUCCACCGGAGGGGAGAGCGGCGGGCGAGCGUGAAAUCCUCGUAGCGGACAGAUGUAGCGUCAAUUCCUCCCCACUCUGCGUUGGCCCACUCGAGCGCCUUCCCCGACAGACAGGAGAUGAGGGCGGACACGCUCUCGUAUCCCGAGGGUGCCGGGUGAAUGGUUGCCAGAGACGAUGUCCUCCGGAAGUCCAUAAUGCCGGAAGACCUGUUGGAACAGGACCUCAGCGACCUGGAGAGCAGAAGGAAGACCAGUUAGUGGCAAAAAAUUGCAUGAUUUGGAGAACCGAUCUACGACCACCAUGACUGUGGUGAAGCCGUCAGAACGUGGGAGAGGAACUAGUUUGCCUGCUGGGGCGUUCCGAGGUGUCUUCGUUUGGGCACAUACGGAACAGGAGUUGACAUAGUGGGAGACAUCAGAAGCCAAGGUGGGCCACCAGUAUUUUUGGGCUAGAGAAUGCAGGAUGCGUGUAAUACCAGAGUGCCCUGCCGUAAGAGUGGAGUGCGCCCAGAUCAGCAGGCAGUCACGCACACUGGUGGGUACAUACACACGCCCCGGAGGGGCGUUGGCAGGCGGGGGGUCCUCCUGAGCCGCCAGGUGGCUGUCUUCAUCCACAUCCCAAAUGACAGGUGCAACGAUGAGAGACGAGGGCAGGAUAGGACCCCCCAGAUCCUUCCUGUCUCCGGUAUGGUGCAUCCUGCGUCGGCUUUCACAUUCUGGGAUCCUGGGCGGUAGGACAGAAUGAAUUGAAAGCAAGUAAGAAAUUGGGCCCACCUGGCUUGACGAGAGUUCAUCCGUUUCGCUGCCCGUAUGUGCUCCAAAUUCCGGUGGUCAGUAAGAAUCCGGAAUGGAUGGACUGCGCCCUCCAGCCAGUGUCUCCAUUCCUCCAGAGCGAGGACCACCGCCAACAGCUCCCUGUCUCCAACUCCAUAGUUCCUCUCUGCGGGAGUAAGCUUUUUAGAGAACAAGGCACAGGGAUACAUUUUCUCUGGCGUACCGUGCCGCUGGGAGAGGACCGCACCCAUGCCCUCCUCCGAUGCGUCCACCUCCAGGAUGAAAGGACGAGAUGGAUCUGGGUGUUUUAGGAUGGGCAUUGUGGUGAAUCUCUCCUUCAGCCUCUUGAAGGCAGCGUCAGCCUCAGGGUUCCAGGCCAGCUUCUGAGGCCCACCCUUAAGGAGAGAGGUGAGCGGUGCGGCUAUGGAGCUGAAGGACCUGAUAAAACGCCGGUAGAAAUUGGCGAAGCCCAGGCAGCUCUGUAGGCCCUUGAUGGUGGUGGGGACUGGCCAUGACCUGACGGCGUCUGUCUUCACUUCUUCCAUGAACACCCCCUGAGGACUGAUCCUGGAAGGAGAUGGCCUGUUGGUGGAAUUCACAUUUCUCCCCCUUCACCAACAGGCUGUGUUCCCGAAGGUGGAGUAGGACAGCUCGGACGUCCCUGACGUGCUCCUCAAACGUAGCUGGGUAGAUCAGGAUAUCGUCGAUGUACACCACCACCUGUCUACCCAGCAUCUCCCGGAACACGUCAUUGACGAAGGACUGGAACACAGAAGGUGCGUUUGCGAGGCCAUAGGGUAUUCAUAGGGGCCUGAGGUAGUGCUGAAUGCCGUCUUCCACUCGUCUCCUUCCCGGAUUCUGAUCAGGUUGUAGGCACUCCUCAGGUCCAACUUGGUAAAGUACCGGGCCCCUCGUAGCUGCUCGAUGGCCGACGGCACCAGAGGGAGCGGGUACCGGUACUUGGUGGUGACUGCGUUCAGUCCCCUGUAGUCAAUGCAUGGUCUCAGUCCUCUGUCUUUUUUGGCCAUGAAGAAGCUGGCGGAGGCAGGAAAGGUAGAGCGUCUGAUGAACCCCUGUUUCAGGAUCUCCGCAACAUACCUCUCCAUGGCCUCAGUCUCUGCCAUGGAAAGGGGGUAAAUGCGACUCUUCGGGGGGUGUUGUCCCUCCAGCAGGUCAAUGGCGCAGUCCCAGGGCCUGUGAGGAGGGAGACACGUAGCCUUUAAUGAAGAGAAGUAAUCGGAGAGAUUUGCGUACUCAUGUGGAAUGUUGGGCUGGAGGGCAGACUCCAGACUCUCCACUGACGUGGAACAACAAACCACCAGCAGGCAGGUCUUCCGGCAUGAGGUGGACCAGGCUGUGAUCCUCUUGGUGAUCCAAUUGAUGGUGGGGUUGUGUAGUCUGAGCCAGGGCAAUCCCAAGACGAUCCAGUGAAGGGGUGACGUGACGAUGUGGAAUGACAGCUCCUCGUGGUGCUCCGGUAGUGUGGGAAUGGUGAUGGUGAUGGGGAGAGUGACGUGCAUAAUGGUGCCUGAUCCAAGGGGUUUAUUGUCCAGUGAGGUGACGUGUAGCGGAGAUGGCAGUGGCACGGUGGGUAACCCGCAUUCAGAGACCAGCUCCCUAUCUACAGUAUAAGGUUCCCUGCUGAUCCGGAAUCUAUCAUUGCAGUAGAAAUGGAAGAGAAGGAAUAACCAUUCACCGUUAUGACGUAACACUCACGGAGUGGCGACGGGAGUCACACCGCCUAGAUAGGGAGCCACCAGGAGAUCUCUGGUGGUGUAGGGGGUGCUGCCCACCUCCAUGGGUGAGGACUCGGAAGCAGGGCGGCUUCCAUAGCUCAGAUGGGGUGAGCGUUGAGGCUCCGGGAGGUGUUGGGAACGCCGUCUCUCUCUCAACAUGUCGUCAAGACGGAUGGACAUGGUGAUGAGGGUAUCAAGGUCCAUCUCGUCGUCCCGACAUGCGAGUUCCGUCUUAAUGCCCUCCCGUAAGCCUCUCCUGAAAACCGUGCACAGAGCACGCUCAUUCCAGCCAGAAGACCACGCCACCAUGCGAAAGCUCAGAGCGUACUCGGACGCGGGCCCCUCUCUCUGUUGUAGAUGGGGGAGACGCUCACCCCCGUCCUUUCCCUCCGUGGGAUCAUCAAACACCGCCGUGAACCGAGCGAGGAAGGGUGGGGUAGGGAAGCGCCACUGCCUCCUCUCCUUCCCAGACUGCCGUGGCCCAAUCCAGCGCCUUUCCUGUAAGUAGCGAAAUCACCAGCGCUAUCCUGGCUUGGUCAGAUGGAUAUGCCCCAGGCUGACGCACCAGAUAAAGUGAAACCUGUAGCAGGAAGCCGCUACAUUUAGUAGUUUUACCAUCAUAGAGCUCCGGUAGGGCGAGGGUUCCCGCAGAAGUGGGUGAUAGCACGGGAACAGGUGGAUUGGAUGCACUCGCCGCUCCCUGAGGUGGAACCGGAGCGCUGGGCAGAUUAUGCAGAGUUUGGAGCACUUCCUGCAUGGCGGCGUUCAACUGGGCAAGCUGCUGCUGGUGCUGGUCGAGGCGCUGGGAAACUCCUGCUGCAUCCAUUUUCGUGGUGUGUGAUUCUGUGACGAGUACUGAUAUACGAAGAGGCAGGACGCAGACGCAGGAAUUAACAAGGUCAAGGUUUACUUAAUAAUGAGGAAGAGAAUAACAAAGAGAGAGUAAACGACACGACGCUAAACAAUCACACACAACAUCAUCCAGAACAGUCCAGGGCUAAAUAGGGGUGGUGAUGAGAUGAUGAGGUGCAGGUGCGCUGGAGGUGAUUAGGGUGCGUUGGGUUUCCAUUCCGGUGUUGCCGAGGUGGUACGCUCAGACCGGUGGCUCAGUAGACCGGCGAAUCAGAGCGCCGGAGGGGAGCAACGGGAGGAGACGUGACAAUAAUAAUUUAUUGGAUUUAUAUAGUGCUUUUCUACCAACUGAGAUACUCAAAGCACUUUCCAUAGUAGGGUGAAACUCCAUCAUCAAUGUGUAGCACCCACCUCAGUGAUGCACGGCGACCAUUUUUAUGCCAGAACGCUCACCACACAUCAGCUAUCAGGUGGAGAGGUGAGGAGUGAUAUAUGGCCAUUAGGAAUGAGGGGGAUGAUUAGGUGGCAAUGAUGGAAUGUGGCCAGGUUGGGAAUUUAGCCAGGACACCGUGGUGAACACCCCUAAUCUUACAAUAAGUGCCAUGGGAUUUUGAAUGACCACAGAGAGUCAGGACACUCGUUUUAACGUCCCAUCCAAAAGACGGCACCCUACGCAAGUGGAAUGGCACUUUCAUUACAGUCCAUCACAGAUGUGUUAUCUGUUGAUUUGUGUGCAAACAAGUGCCUUCUUGUGAUUGUCCAUAUGCUUGAGUGAGUUAACAUUUGUUUAACCCGUUUGUAAUUCUAAGGCUCACCCAAAGUUCCAAAGCUGAGCGAUUGGAACACUCUGACGCCCCCUUUCUGCCUGUCUGUCUGUCCGUCUGUCCGUCCGUCCGUCCUGCCUGUCUGGAUGUCUGUCCACCUGCCUGCCUGUCUAUCUGCCUGUCUGCCUGUCUGUCUGUCUGUCCCCCACAGGGCAGUGAGUUGUUUAUGACAGGCGAGGAGCGUCUGGCGGUGGAGGCUCGCAGGGAGCUGGACAGACAAGAGCUGAUGCAACAGAAGAGGGUUGCCAUGGAGACCAACAAGAUCAUCAAGGAGCAGCAGGAGAAGGAGAGGCAGUGAGUGGAUAUCAAUGGACUGAUUGAUUGACUUGAUUAAAAUGUGAUAUUUGGUUCUACUUUUAACAAUAAAUAAGCUUUUUUAUUUAAUUCCAUUGUCCUCCUAGAGUUGCCGAAUCUCCUCUCUACUUCAGUUUGCGCCUCAAUUCAUGCACCUUGGUUGGAAAACGAGGUAGCAGCGGUGAUCCCUUCCCAAAAACACAAUUUAAUCCACACAAGUGGAUAUAGGGCAUUUAAAAUCAUCAAGUGUAGCUCAAAGAGGUGAUCAAACAUAUUUCCAUUGUGGUGCUUAGAGCCAGGGCCAAACCCUCUAAAAAAUAUUCUAUAGAAUAGUUUUCCCUCCAAACAAUGAUGGGGAGAUUGGACAGAAAUACUCACAAAAAACACUUGAUGACUAUAGAUUAUUGUAUUCAGAGAGCUGGAGCUUUGACAUUUGGGAACUGAUCAAUGUACUUUUGCCAAAAGUUAUUGUUGUCUGUGCACAUACUUUAUGAACAGAUAACUAUCUUGGCACACCUAGAGAGAGAGAACAUAUGUCAUCUCUUUGGGCAGACAGUAGGUGAUGACUCAAACACAUGUUGCUUUCCACUUUUCAACCCACAAGAAGACAAUCUUUGCUCAGUUUGCCAAAUUCCGUCCAGGCUUCUGUUCAGAAAACAAUCUGUGAAGACAUCAGCAGAGCACAAAAGCCUCUAUCGCUUGGCUCUGUACACCAGAAAAGGACUGCAAUUCCACUAGCAAUGAUAGCAAUCAGACUCACAGGAGAAGACAAGCAAAACAGAAGAUACAUAUUUUUUUUUCUGAUUGGCAUCCAAGAUAUACAAAGACUCCAGUGAUUACUUGUUGUCAACAUAACUUUCAUAGUGAAUGCAUUACACUGACACUGUCUCCAGAAGAAUAGGCUGUACAUCUCAGUGUGAUAGCUAGCCUAUACAUGUUUAUGUUGUUAACAUGUGUUUCUUUGUGUUGUGAACAGGCGAAUGAUGGAGAUUUCUCAGAAGACUGCUGAGGAAGAGGAACGCUACCAGAAGGAGAUGGAGAAGUGGGUUCACCCUGUUUGCAUAUUGAUUGCUGUUUCUAUAAUAAAUGUAUUUGGUAUAUUUUGUAUUUUGUACAAUAAUGCUACACUUAAUAACGUAUUCUACUCCUAGAGGAACAUACAGGUCAGUCAGGGACUAGGAGAAACAGACGGAUCAGUCAGGGACUGGGAGAAACAUACGGAUCAGUCAGGGACUGGGAGAAACAGACGGAUCAGUCAGGGACUAGGAGAAACAGACGGAUCAGUCAGGGAAUGGGAGAAACAGACGGAUCAGUCAGGGAAUGGGAGAAACUGACGGAUCAGUCAGGGACUGGGAGAAACAGACGGAUCAGUCAGGGACUAGGAGAAACAGACGGAUCAGUCAGGGAAUGGGAGAAACAGACGGAUCAGUCAGGGAAUGGGAGAAACAGACGGAUCAGUCAGGGACUAGGAGAAACAGACGGAUCAGUCAGGGACUAGGAGAAACAGACGGAUCAGUCAGGGACUAGGAUAAACAGACGGAUCAGUCAGGGACUAGGAGAAACAGACGGAUCAGUCAGGGACUAGGAGAAACAGACGGAUCAGUCAGGGACUAGGAGAAACAGACGGAUCAGUCAGGGACUAGGAGAAACAGACGGAUCAGUCAGGGAAUGGGAGAAACAGACGGAUCAGUCAGGGACUAGGAGAAACAGACGGAUCAGUCAGGGACUAGGAGAAACUGACGGAUCAGUCAGGGACUAGGAGAAACAGACGGAUCAGUCAGGGACUAGGAGAAACAGACGGAUCAGUCAGGGACUGGGAGAAACAGACGGAUCAGUCAGGGAAUGGGAGAAACUGACGGAUCAGUCAGGGAAUGGGAGAAACAGACGGAUCAGUCAGGGAAUGGGAGAGUGACAUAAAGGGAACCCAGGAUCUAUCUAAACUUCAAAGACCAUCUAGUUGAAAUAAAAGAGUUUCAGUUCUCUUGUGUGUUGACAACUAUAUCAGAGAAUGUUUAGUAACUUUGGAUGACGCAGUGACCUCCUGACCUGUGUGUGUGUGUUUAGGAUCGAGGCUGCGGAGGUGAAGGACAACAGGGAGUGGGAGGAGGACUGUACCCCUGGAGAACAACCCAAAACCAAGAGUCCCUCCCCGGCCCCGCCCGAAAUCAACACCCCACCCACCAAGUCCAAGAGCUCUGGUAAGGACAAGGGAACAGGCGAUACCUAUAGAUGAAGGAAGAGCAGCAGGACCAGGAAGGGCCUAGUCUUACAGUUGUGUUGAAUCUCUGCAUGCUGUCUGUCUCCUGUCUUCUUCCUCUGUGUGCCGUGCUUUUCUGACUUUCUUCACUUCCAGACUAUGAAGCCAGCUCGUUUCAGGCUGACGACAAUGAUGAUGAGGAGGAGGAGGAAGAGGAGGAGGAAGAAGAAGAAGAAGAAGGGAGAGAAGUGAGUGACUGAGUCUCACAGUGUACCGACACAUCGCAGAGUCAGAGACUCUCACAACAUACCACUCACAACAUGCUCAAUUUCCUUUGACAACCAAAACCCAUUGACAUGUUCAUAUACUGUACAUUAGUAGUGCUAGCCUGGAUGCUAGGCUGUUUCUGCUUUAGCUAGCUUGUCUUGUGUUUCCUAAACUGCCUAGCAUCCAGGAGGGUGCCAUGUUUCUCAAUACAACCCCUUGAGCUCUCUUUCUUUCUUAAUUUCUGUUGUGUGCAGUGGAUUCAGUUGACCAACUAUAAUAGAUGUGUUUCCUCUAUAGUUGCUCAAGUUAUACGCUGAGUGAGUUCUCCGGCCUUGCAAGGUUUUGCGUCUGUCAUCAAAGUGACUCUGGUUGAUGUUGUUUUUCCUCUAUGAAGGGAAGCUGCCCACACUCCGCAAGGUAUUCUGUACGGUCGCAGUUUGGUGUACUGUGAGUGUGUUCUCUCAAAGCUAAUGCAUAUACAGUGCCUUCAGGAAGUAUUCAUAUCCCUUGACUUACUCCAUAUUUAGUUGUGUUACAACCUGAAUUCAAAAUGGAUUACAUUUAUGUUUUUUUCACUCAUCUACACACAAUAACCCAUAAUGACAAAGUGAAACCAUUUUUAGAAAUCUUUGCAAAUGUAUUGAAAACUAAAUACAGAAAUAUCUCAUCUAAAUAAGUAUUCACACCCCUGAGUCAAUACUUUCUAGAAUCACCUUUGGCAGUGAUUAUAGCUGUUAGUCUUUCUGGGUAAGUCUCUAAGAGCUUUGCACACCUGGAUUGUACAAUAUUUGCACAUUAUUAUUUUAAAAGUUAUUCAAGCUCUGUCAAGUUGGUUGUUGAUCAUUGCUAGACAGCAAGUCUUGUUAUAGAUUUUCAAGCCGAUUUAAAUAAAGUCAAAACUGUAACUAGGCCACUCAGGAACAUUCAAUGUCAUCUUGGUAAGCAACUCCAGUGUAUAUUUGGCCUUGUGUUUUAGGUUAUUGACCUGCUGAAAGGUGAAUUCAUCUCCCAGUGUCUGUUGGAAAGCAGACUGAACCAGGUUUUCCUCUAGGACUUUGCCUGUGCUUAGCUCUAUUCCUUUUAUUUUUAUCCCCCCAAAAAAAACUCCCUAAUCCUUGCCGAUGACAAGCAUAUCCAUAACAUGAUGUAGCUACCACCAUGCUUGAAAAUAUGAAGAGUGGUGCUCAGUGAUGUGUUGUGUUGGAUUGUGUUGUAUUUUCCCCCAGGACAUAAAGUUCAUUGCCACAUUGUUCCAGUUUUACUUUAGUGCGUUAUUGCAAACAGGAUGCUUGUUUUGGAAUAUUUUUUAUUCUGUACAUUCUUCCUUCUUUUUUACGCUGUCAUUUAUGUUAGUAUUGUGGAGUAACUACAAUGUUGUUGAUCCAUCUUCAGUUUUCUCCUAUCACAGCCAUUAAACUCUGUAACUGUUUUAAAGUCACCAUUGGCCUCAUGGUGAAAUCCCUGAGCGGUUUAUUUUCUCUCUGGCAACUGAGUUAGGAAAGACGCCUGUAUCUUUGUAGUGACUGUGUAAUUAAUAAGUGUAAUUAAUAACUUCACCAUGCAGAAAAGGGAUAUUCAAUGUCUGCUUAGAAAAUAUUUACCCAUCUACCGAUAGGUGCCCUUCUUUGCGAGGCAUUGGAAAACCUCCCGGUCUUUGUUGUUGAAUCUGUGUUUGAAAUUCACUGCUCGACUGAGGGACCUUUACAGAUAAUUGUAUGUGUGGGGUACAGAGAUGAGGUAGUCAUUCAAAAAUCAUGUUAAACACUAUUAUUGCACAAAGAGUGAGUCCAUUUAACUUAUUAUGUGACUUGUUAAGCAAAUCUUUACUCCUGAACUUAUUUAGGCUUAUCAUAACAAAAGGGUUGGAUAUUUAUUGAGCUUUUCUUUUUUGAGGAAUUUGUAAAAAUUUCUAAAACCAUUAUUCCACUUUGACAUUAUAGGGUAUUGUGUGUAGGUCAGUGACACAAAAUCAAUUUUAAAUUCAGGCUGUAACACAACAACAUUUGGAAAAAGUCAAGGGAUGUGAAUAAUUUCUGAAGGUUAACUUGGAGCAAAAUAACAUGACUUAUUUACUGGUUCUGUCACCACAAUGCUGUGGCAGUUAUUAACCUAUAUUGUAAUGGCCGUCAGUGUCUGUUGGAAGUUGGAAAACGUUAUUGUACUGUAUCGUUUUUUGCAUGGUUUGUGGUUUGGAGUGGAAUCAUGGGUUCUGGUUUCUCCUUGGUUUCUAUAAUGACAAACUUAACUGGCGCCUCAGAAAGGAGAGAAGAAGAAGAAGGUGUCCAACAUGGACACCCUGCAGGAACAGAGGAAGAACAAGAAAGAGAUGGAGUUAGAGCUGAAGCUGGCUGCAGAGAAGGAGGAAAUGUAUGAACGAGAGAAACAGCUGAAGAUCAGUAGACUGGUGCAGGAGGUAGGAGUAAUGAUC